GCCCCGGCAGAGCGCAUGCGCACUACCCCGACACCGGCCAGAAGGACUACAUUUCCCAGAAGCCCCCGCGGGCGGCGGUGGGCGGAGCGUGCCCUGGCCGGACUCUACGGGACGGCAGGCGGGGAGGCCCCGGCACUCACUGCAGCUUCAGCGGCGGCCGUAGGCAUGGUCUCGCUCGUGAAGAAAAUAAUCAGCACUACUAAGGCCCCUGCACUGGGUCCCUACAGCCAAGCCGUGCUGGUGGACCGGACAAUGUACAUUGCAGGGCAGAUAGGGCUGGAACCUUCCACUGGGCAGCUCGUCUCUGGAGGGGCAAAGGAGGAGGCCAAGCAGGCUCUAAAAAACAUGGGAGAAAUCCUGAAAGCUGCAGGCUGUGACUAUAGCAAUGUUGUGAAGACUACAGUUUUGAUGGCAGACAUGAAGGACUACAAUGAUAUUAAUGAUGUUUACAAACAAUUUUUCAAGGCAAACUUCCCAGCCAGAGCAGCCUAUCAAGUUGCUGCUUUGCCCAGAGGGGCCAGAGUUGAGAUUGAAGCUAUUGCCAUUCAGGGACCUCUCCAAGAGGCUUCAGCACAACUAUAAGGAGAGACUGGAUAUCUCUAAAACAAUGACAGUUUUAGAUUUAGUUAAUACUUCUCCCCUAUAUCCAAUUCCUACAGCUAACAGCAGUUACACACAGUUGAAAUGAGUAAACAGGUGCUUUCUUCAGGACUUAAAGUGAGUCCUCUGCUGGCAAACCCUGAAAAGUGCCUGACUCCUGCUAAAAUCAGCUGAGCCAGAUUGCAGGACAGGACCUGCCUUUUGUGGAGGUGACUGGAUAUUCAGGUAUUAAGGUACAUACCUGGGUGAAGAGUUAUACUAUGGGUGAUCUGGAUGUGGAAAACUAUACUGAUUUGUAAUAGUACGUUUUUAGUAACAAUUUUAAAUCAGAAAAAAUGACAGAAAUGAGAAAACAGAACACUAAAAUCGCUUAGCAUACAUCUUCAUGUCUGAGGAGUUAUACUGUCCUUGCUUCUGAAUUUUCUUAACCUCUUUCUUAACAUAAUAGAUUACUGUUGGGACUCAGAUUUUUUUCAUAUGUAAGUAAUUGCUUAAGAAAGUUAAUAUUAAUUUCAGAAAGAAGAAAAUUGUGCUCUUCUGAAGUAAAGUGGUAUCUUUAUAAAUCAGAUAAAAAUUAAUAUCUAUCUGUAAUUUUUUUUCAUAGCAAUUCAACUUUGACUAUGUUUUGAUUAAAAAAACCCCAAAAACCAACAGAAAUUAAAAUGAGAAUGAGAAUAAAAUAUAAUUCCAACUGCAAAAAUGUGCCUGUCUCUUAUGGGAACAAAAUUUUCCUGAUUGUGGUUUGAUACUCCAUUACCAAAAAAGUCUCCAGCUUGCUUAUUCAAUAACAAAUAAUUUGAACCAAAAGAAUAGGCUUAUUAUCUACAUCCUAAUAGCUAAGGAUUAAAUUCUCCAGGACAGGAAGCUUUCAGCUACCAUGUUAUUACAGUUCUUGUAAUUUUUUUCCUCUGCCGUUAAGGUCAGAAGCAUCGGUUUGAGGGGGUGAUUAAGCAAUAUUGAGAAGUCCAACUGGUGAUGCCAGUAACUUAUCCCAUCCUUCUGUACUGAUCUUCUAUCAAGUACAAAUGGAUACUGUGAGAACAGUCAGCCCUACUUUGUAGUCCUAGAUUUGUGGUGAACCAGCCAUUCCCUCUUUUCACUGAGUUUAUAAACUGUACCAUUAUAGAAAAAAGAUUCAUAAUGAGAUUGUCACAGCAAAUAUGUGCAAAUAUAAGGAUAUUUUAAUACUUUUAUCUUUCUUUCUUUCAAAGAAAAUUCUUUUUAUUAGAAGGAAGAUAAUGCCUUUGUUAUUUCAAACAGUAAACUUCCAAACAGCCUUUGAAAAAUGCCUGACUUUUCUCUAAAUAAACUUCCUAUACAUAAACUUUGA